GCAGCAACAAGUGAAGAAGCGAGAAAAACCAGCUGAUUCCAUGCGCACUUCAUCACGCAAUCUCAAAUCAUCACUCAGCGAGUGUUAGCAGAGUCGUAAUCACAGGGGGUACAGAAGCUGGCUGUGGUGAUUCUGAGACCCAUGGGAACUGCUAUGCCCACAAGGCUCCUUGUUAGAUCUGCCUCUUCCCUAAUCAGUGGAUCAAAUCUAAUAAUGGUGCUCUUGGCUACCCUGGUGUCAGCCUGUCCUAAGAGCUGCCAUUGCACCGAGAAGAACGGCCUGACUUCUGUGCAGUGUGUGUCACGCAACCUGGACAGCAUCCCCUCUGAUCUUCCAGAGGACACUGUCACCCUGCUCCUAGGCUCAAAUCGCAUCACCAAAAUCCCCCGGCAGGCCUUCAAAGACCUGCACUGGCUGCAGGAAUUGGACCUGUCCCGCAACGCCAUUGAGGCUGUGGACGCCGGGGCCUUUCAGGGUAUCUCCGAGGGCCUCCGGACAUUAGACCUGUCCAACAACCGCAUCCACACCGUGCCCAAGGAAGCCUUCUCACAAAUACGCGCCAAGAUCCGCCUGUCCAACAACCCCUGGCAUUGCGAGUGCACUCUGCAGGAGGUGCUGCGCGAGCUCCGUCUGGAUCCCGAAACGAUUAAUGAGGUCAGCUGCCACACCGCCGUACAAGAGGAGUAUGCUGGCCGGCCCAUCAUUCAGGUGCUGGACUCAGGCAUCAACUUCUGCAAUUUCCACCACAAGACGACUGAUGUCGCCAUGUUCAUCACUAUGUUUGGCUGGUUCGCCAUGGUAAUAGCUUACAUCAUAUAUUACGUACGACAUAACCAGGAGGAUGCCAGGAGGCAUCUGGAAUACCUGAAAUCUUUGCCCAGCACCACGCAGAUCAGAAAAGACUUUGACACUGUCAGUACUGUACUCUAG